UUCAUCAAUAAUCCCUCUGUUUACCAUUUACCGUGUGGUGUUUGUGUUUGUUCUCCUUGCAUUGUUGUGCUUCUAGAGAUUGCAAAGCACGACACUGACGCCUGAAUGCUGCGACUGCAGGACGUUAAGAGGCGAAACAUGUCCCGUGACGAAAACCAGGCUACGAUGCCCGAUUAUGUAGUGCAGCCAGGGGUUUCGUCGGCUGCGGAAACUGCUACUAGCUAUAGGGAUUACAUUUCUGUUGCAAUAUUGUUUUUCGUCAAUCUUAUUAAUUACAUGGACAGAUUUACCGUUGCAGCUGUGCUCGACAACGUCAUAAGUCACUAUGACCUGGACAACUCGGAGGGCGGUCUUCUGCAGACGGUAUUCAUCAUCAGCUACAUGGUGGCGGCGCCAGCUUUCGGCUAUUUCGGUGAUCGUUACAACCGGAAGUUCCUCAUGGCCGCUGGAGUAGCCUUCUGGAGCACGACAACGUUAUUAGGCUCGUUGCCACCUGGGAACGCCAUACUGUUCUUUCUACUCCGUGCCCUUGUUGGCGUCGGAGAGGCAAGCUACUCGACGAUAGCGCCCACCGUAAUUGGCGACUUGUUUGUCGGGAAGAAGAGGUCAACCAUGCUGGCAUGCUUCUACUUCGCCAUUCCCGUGGGAAGUGGUCUGGGGUACAUUGUUGGUGCCAAUGUUGCAGCUGCCAUGGGGAGCUGGUAUUGGGGUCUUAGGGUAACACCUCUUCUGGGAGCUGUAGCCGUGAUAUUACUGCUCUUUGUGCUGAAGGACCCGCCGCGGGGUGCAAGUGAAGGUGGUGUUGCUUUGGGGCCUACGUCUAUGAAGGCGGACCUCAAAUCUCUCGCGAGAAAUGCUUCGUAUCGCUGGUCGACGUUAGGCUUCACGUGUGUCACCUUUGCAACUGGGGCCCUGUCGUGGUGGGCGCCGACGUACAUGGUGUACGCUGCUCGAGUGCUCAACAACACCGAAACCGUUGAUAACCAAGGCAUCAAUGCCAUUUUCGGUGGGAUCAUGAGCGGUGCUGGUAUUAGCGGCGUUGCCCUUGGAAGCUUUCUUUCUACACGCUUCCGACAUCGCUAUCAGGAUGCAGAUGCAGUAAUUUGUGCUGUGGGCAUGGUGGUCAGCAUACCACUCAUCUUCAUUGGCUCUGUUUUUGCCCACAAGAUACCACAAAUGUCUUGGGUGUUCUUCUUUCUUGGUAUCACUUCCAUAUGCCUCAACUGGUCUCUUGUUUCUGACAUUCUCCUUUAUACCGUUAUUCCAACGAGAAGGGCUACAGCAGCUGCAUUCCAGAUCCUCAUCUCUCACCUACUUGGCGAUGCGGCCAGUCCGUACAUCGUAGGACUUUUAUUUGACAGCAUAUCACACGGAAGCAACGAGUUCACCAAGCAGUACUUCAGUCUCCAGUACGCUCUGUACUUCCCCCUUGCCGUUCUUGUUCUCGGCGCUCUGUUUUUCUUCGUCCUGUCCUGGCACAUCGAGGAUGACAGGAAGCGCUGUGAAAAACAAACACAUGGUGGUGCGCUUGAGCAGUCUGUCUAUGACGACCAAUCUUUACAACACGUCGAAGCAGACGACGGCUUUGUACCUUGGAUUAACGACAGUGCUCGGUUGAUUUUAGACACCUGAGUCCCGUCUGUGUGCCCUGUAUACUGUGACGUCCAUGUACAGACCUUUGCUUUCUCCGGUGUUCGCUGGGAUCGUGUUGUGCCUUCAAGCAAGGUUCUACAAUCAGAAACUCAUAUCAGCCUGUUGCUUCUGGGAGAUGCUUCAUGUCGCUUUGUGAUCUUAUCACUGCGCAGUGGUGCAUGUUAAAAGAACGAUUGUAACUUUUGACGUCUAGGCUAGCAUUUCAGUGCCUUUUUUUUUUUAGUAGUGGUACUUUACAUACUACUGUGUCGCUCACAUCACUGAGGAAUGUUUGCCAUAGGCAGAUAUAAUGGGAAAACCAUUAUAAAACCCCGACCAUCUAUCGAUUAUAUAUUGUCUAUAUGAUGCUUUGUUUUAUGAAAUUAACAUAAAGCAUUCCGUAAUGAGGUUUAGUUUUUGUUUUCCAUGGGUAAGUAUUUACAUGUGCACUUGCAGGGCAUUGUAGCUAAAGAAAGUGCCACUUUACUGACUUUUUUUAAAUAUCUGUUGUGCCAUAUGAGUGGCAAGUAGCUUAGACGUACCCUUUCUCCAAUGGAUUUUGACAGUGCAUGGUGACCUAACCAAAGAUCUCUUGACAGAAAAUUAUAUUGGCAUACUAUUACGUUCUAGCUAGGUUACCUACCUUACCCACUGUUGCCACCAUGUUCUAAUGAAUCUGUUCUGUUUGGUGUCUUCUUGUAGCAGUAGUAACAGGUACGUAAUGAAAUGGUGCCUUUACAUUUCAGACCUUGCAGCAUCGUUUGAAAGACAGACGCAACGUGAAUUGGAAAACACAGAAUCUGUCCCUAUUUUGCACAGUAAAAGUAACAUAAAACCAGUUUGCUAACUU